AUGAUACCGUUUUCUAAGGGUUUCAAAGGGACUCGCUUCAUCUUAACAAUCAUACCAAUAUUUUCAGUUUUCGCUAUUUUUGCAAAUAUACAUCAUUUAAAGAAAUACUCGCUAUCAAACAAUGACCGACACCACAAACCAUCUACUCUCGGUUCUAACUGUGAUUCCAUUUUCAAGUAUGGCCGCUACCUUAGCGAUAUUGACGAAGAACCUCGUCAUUGGCAGCCGGACGGAUGCGCACUUCAGCACUAUCAAAAUUUAAAUGAUUAUGGUAUCGGUUCUUGCUUACGUCCUGGUGAUGAAAUUAUGAUUGUUGGUGACUCAACGGCUCGUCAAGUUUAUUGGGGAUUUUUAAACAUUCUUUUUCGCAUGCACCAUCAAUUCAAUGGCCCCCACAGGGAUGAUAUUACUCAAAGAGAUUCCAUCACGGUUCGUUUGGUUUGGGACACCUUUUUCAACACAACUGCUUCUGAAGUACUCAGUGACGUUUCCUUGAACGGGGUGAUUUCAAGACAUCGACAAGAGGCUAUACAAUUUAAAAAGGAUUCCAAAUAUAAUCCAAAAUUAUACCUUUUUAUUACUGGUGGUGCAUGGUUUCCAUUUCUCGAAGCUCCAGACCUGGUUGUUCCUCGGUUUACUCAGAAUUUCAAGAGGUUGUUGGAUAUCGUUGAUAACCGUGCUGAUGGAGCUUUUGAUGGUGUCUAUGUUGCUCCUCCCUUUAUUCCCUUUUAUGGGAUUCUCCAGGAUGUCCGCAUGGAAAACAUGAAUAAUAAUAUCUAUAGUGGAAUGAUGCUUGAGUCUGACGCUCUGUUCAACUAUGUGCGAACAAAUCAAACAGUUCAAAAAAGCUAUCCAGCAAAGUACAAUGGUGGUGUCCGUUACCGCACUCGUGAAGGCCGCCAACAUGAAAUUUCAUCAUACUACGUCCCUGUUUUUAACGAAUUAUCAGGAACUAACCAUCGUGGGUUAUUUGACCAAAUGGGGAUCCACUUUUUAGAACCGUCAUUUGUUGAACAAGCAAACAUUCUCUUAAAUCACUUUUGCAAUCAGCGCGUGGCUGAUGAACUUAAACAGCCUCUUUCAGGAACUUGCUGUGUCAAGUUUAAGGAUUAUAAAUAUGGGGAAAAUGGGUGGUUUAUUCGACUGAUUCUUAAAUCACUUGUGUUUAUACCUUUAUGUGCUUUAAUGAAAACAUCAUCUAACGUUAAAAAACUUAUACCAACUGCCAAAUUUUCGGCAUUAGUGAUUUUGGUUCUUGGCUCAAUAUCGACAUGGGCUGGUAUAUCUAAUCAAUCACAACUUAUUUCCAAAAUAUCCCUUGUAUAUUCUUCUCAAGAAUUUUUUGGUUUAAUUCAAGUCUGGAUUUUACUUUCGCUUUUAUCCUAUGUUUUUUUUCCUACCGAGGAUAAUAAACCUGGAUAUGCUCAGGGUCUACUUUCGAAGCAACUGAUUCUUGAGUGGCAAGGAAUAUGUGUUUCUUUACUAAUUUUGAUUCAGUAUUCUGGAUUUUCCUAUUUGAAAAAAACGUUUGACGGUGAAAUGUGUGUUCGUUUAUUAAGUUCAACAUGGGCAAUGCUCGAGCUUUAUCAAUUUACAUUGGAAUAUUUAGACUCUUUGUCUAUAAAUUUCACGCUCAUAAAAUCUUACAAAUCGUCUUUUCCUCUUUUUGCUUAUAGAAUUUCACGGAUUUCAAUUCUUCCAUUACUUCUUUCCUCCAGUAUUAAUUACAGUGUUAUGGAAAAUAUACCCGCCACUGUUGCUCCAUCCUACAUACCCCUAGCCAUAAAACUGGCUUAUUGGUUUACCUUUGUGUUUUUGGUCUUUCCACUUGUUUUCCAUUUAUCUUCUACGUUAUCGUCUACCGAUAUUGAAGCUUCAAACAGACAUUUAGAAAUGCAAACUCUUAUUUUUAUUUUUUUCUCUUUGAUUCCAUUUAUUUUUUCUCCGUUUUUAAUGUAUCUUGCGGAUUCAAAUUCAAAGCACAUAUUUUUAACAACUUUAAACUCUUUUGCCGAAGACUAUUGGGUUGUACUUUUUGCUGUUUGGGUUGCUUUUUACUGCAAGCUUCAAUCUAUGGAAAAUAGUAAAUCCAAAUUUCAACCUUCUCUUCGGCUAGUUUCGGUUGCUGUUAUCAUUUUUGUCCUUCUGUUAAAUGGGUUUCGCUAUUUAUUUUCUUAUUUCAUUUCCAUUUCCCCAAAUGGACCUGUUGCACCAACUUCUUUUAUCGAACUACAUAAUGAAGUUCAAGACAAACUGUUAGAAGAACGUGGAAAGGGAUAUAACUCAAUAGCACACACAGUUCUUGUCUUAGGAUUUGCAGUUUGUUACCUAAUUCUAAGACUGCGAUUUUUGAAUACGACCAUCGAGGCUGCUUCUCGUUAUAUUGGAUUAUGGGUUCGCGCAGCUAAAAGUGGCUAUGAAGCUCUUCUUCUUUACCCUUAUGUUUUACUGGCGGCAAGUGGCACUUUGCGUUUGAAUUACAUUCCAACUGGUAUUGUUCUUUCAUCUCAAAUUUCUCACACAUUUUUCUUUACGCCAAUAGACUACGUUUUCUCUUAUACCGGGAUUACUCUAAUGGGAAAAUUGAACAAGUGUGUGGCAUUAUUUAUAUCUUUUGGGACUUUUUGCACACUUGUGGAGAUAUCUAGCAGUGUUUGGAAAAAAGAAUUUAGUAAAACGGUUGCAGUAUCAAAUACAGAAAUGAUUAAAGAAGAGAACGAACUUCAGGAACAAAGAAACUUAAUAACAAAUUAA